CUAAGCCAACUCUAAAAGCCAAACAUGGCUGCGAAAAGUCCAUCCCUCUGUUAGUAGUUUCUCAAAUUAGAGUUUUGAAAGUUUCUUUGUUGGAGUGGAAAGUAUGACCACGGUCAAAAGGAAGAAGAAAGGAUUGAAGACAGCUCCUUUCGAUAUUUAUAUUUACAUUGCAUGUACAGGAGAGAAGUUCUUGCUAAAAAAUGUCCACGCCGAGAUGAAUAUUCGGGAACUAAAAUGUUACGCAGAACUUGUUGUGGGAAUACCUUACAACUUGCAACGCUUACAGUAUCUUGAUGAAGGAGAUAUGCUAGACGAUUCAGAUUUAAGACACAACGAUGUCGUACCAGGAGCUACGAUUAAUUUGAAACUGUGGAGAAUGUGGGAUACACUGGUUCCUGCAGUGUGUAAAGGUUCGAUAGAUCAAGUCCUAAACGAAGGAGUUGUGGUAGAGAAGGGAUGGGAAUCUCUAGAUCCCCUGACAUACAGAAACAAGGUUGCUCUUGCAAAGGACAGAGCUUCAGUUGCACUUUUUAUUGCCGCCCAUCGAGGCAGAAUUAACUUAAUAAGAAGUUUGAUAGAUUAUGGAGAAGCUGAUGUAAACAUGAAGACACCAUUUGGACGUACACCGCUGCAUGCUGCAUCCUCGCAGGGACAUUCGAACACGAUCGAUCUGAUGCUCGAAAAAGGAGCAUCUAUGGACGAAAUUGAUGUCCAAGGCAAGUCUGCCCUGACUAUAGCGAGUCAGUGGGGCUUUAAGGACAGCGAGAGACAUUUAUUUUUAUUUCAAUGGCAGACAAGAGCGGCCAAAACUAAGCAUAGGAGAGCGAGUAAAUCUCUUAUGAUGCAUCAACAAUUUGACUCUUCUUUUCCAACAUGGUUGAAGGGGAAAUAUUCACAGGUGUACUUUUGUCAAACUUUGCCUCCGGGGGAGUUUGCUGGGACCGGGAUCAGUGCUCCAAGGAGAAGACCAGUGGGAGAAGCUAACCAACUACGAGAUUCCUUUUUUGAACAAUCUUCCUCUGAUCUUCUCGAACACCAGUUGCCUCCAAUUGAUGGAGCGGUGGAAAUUGAUGGUGCACGAUACAGCUUGGGAGGGAAAGCAGUGCUUCCACACAUAAGGUCCAAGGAAAGACUUGCAAGCAGUAAAUCACGAGACAGUUCCAAGUCUGCAACAUUUGAUGAGUGGCUUGAAGAAAAAAAGUCUAAGAAACAGCAACAACAACAGAAGGAAAAAGAGGCAAGAAAAAGGAAAGAGAUGGAGUUAGAAAGCAAGAGAUUAUCAAGGAUGGCAGGCAAAAGCUUUGAAGACUGGAAAAACUCCAAAUCGCAACAAAAGCAAGAGCUACCAGGCAUUGAAAAAAGAAGAGAUGAUAUAGUACGAGAAGAACCAGGGCGGCAAUACAGUAUGACUUUUGAACGAUGGUUGAGCAAAACUAGUGCCCUAGAUCUCAGUCUUAGCAGCUGAAGAUUGAUUGAAACCAGCUGUUACACAGUGAUGCACAUCAAGCACCCCUAGAGACUCUUUUGAUGAAUUUAUAAUUGACGAUUCAUUUUAACAGAAAAUUGCAGCAAUGAGUUCAUCGAUGAAAAUGUUAUCAUAUGGAAUUCAAGAACAGCGAGAUUCCAUUAUGAACAUUCAGGAAGUUCAGAAAUAAGGAGGAAUAAUUUUAUAACAUGCAAAAUCCUCGCUUUUUGAUAUUCCUAAUUUGUUGGAACCUCAGCAUUCUUGAAUUCAAUAUGGUAAGGUUUUCCCUGUGGGAAGUUUAAACUGCAAUCAAUCCAUGAUUGGAAGCCAUUAAUUGAGAUUCCAUUUCUCUCUUACUUUUAAGUGCAAGGGCUCUCUCUUUCCUUACAGUGGCAAUUCAUCAACUGAAGGGACCAUAUAAUUUGAACAUAUCAACAAAGUUGAAAUGGUAAAUUCGCCACCGUUAUGUUUAUAAAAGCUAACGUUUCGAGUGUUAGCCCU